GGGCGAAGCCUUAUGUUAGACAAUACCUACAGAAGACCUAUCGCACUAUCUUUCGAAGUGGGGCGAUUUGAACAAGAUCAAAGCUAUGUAUGAUUGGUAUUAUUAGCUAAGUGCAUCAACCAGGAACAUUGAGAAUUGGCCCGAUACCAGUGCCGUCUCUCGUUCAUGCCGAAAAUACCCAUCUCCGCAAUGCAUUCCACCACAGAAAACCUACCUUGUGCUUCAAACGAGUCAUGUUUGCCUCUCAUCGCUACUCCACUGAGUCCACUCCAAGAUACGAGUGCGACACCCUCUACUCAUGUUGAUGGUGCUCCGCUGCUAAGUCUCGCACAACCACCGAACCCAAGAAGUUGCGUUAUCAUCAUACAGAACAACUACAUUGCGGAGGGGGGGACCAUCAACAUACUUUCAAGUCACUGCAACGGUUCUACCGCGACCAAGUUAGAACACGUCGGAAUGGUUGCAGAGCCCACACCUUUGGACCCUCCAUUGGUGACUCAGCCAGAGCCAGCAGCGCACGGUUGUGAAAGCAUAGUGUUGAGCGGUAACACGUUCGGCGAGUGCGUCAUGAUAAAUAUAGGAUCGCCAAAUUGCACUGGAGCUGUUAAACAAACCGCUCUCGCGUCCUGAGAUGACCGCAACAGUUAGGGGGGAGUUUAUUGCAAUUUUUCUUGAAAUGUAUUCACCUGUAUAUACAUGUAUGACAAGAUGUAGUUCACUGGCGAUUUUAAAAGAAAAGUUAGGACGAACUGUACGCACCUAAGCUUAGCGCUCCUGGUCAUUUCGACUCAUUUGCCUUCCCAAAGGUAAUAAUGAGCUCGCAAUAAAGA